AAACAUUUAGAAAGGAAAAUUAGUAAAAUUAAUUUACUAAUGUAAUUAUUAUGUUUCAGGGUUUCAAUAAUCCACAUCGUCCGUCUCAUGGCAGAAAAUUCCGGUCUGUAGAUGAUCCAGGAGAUGAUCUGGUAGACGAUUCAGUAGAUGAUCCAGGAGAUGAUCUGGCAGCCGAUUCAGUAGAUGAUCCAGGAGAUGAUCUGGCAGGCGAUUUAAUAGAUGAUCCAGGAGAUGAUCUGGCAGGCGAUUCAAUAGAUGAUCCAGGAGAUGAUCUGGCAGCCGAUUCAGUAGAUGAUCCAGGAGACGAUCUAGCAGAUGAUCCAGGAGAUGAUCCAGCGGAUGAUGAUCUAGGAGAUGAACUGGCAGACGAUUCAGUAGAUGAUCCAGGAGAUAAUCCAGCGGAUGAUCCAGGAGAUGAUCUGGCAGAUAAUUCAGUAGAUGAUCAACUAAAUGAUUUUAAUGAACUGACGAGUGAUUUGGACAAGAAAUCAAGUGCCGCAUUAAGAAAAAAGCGAAACUUUUUUGGGGGUCACUGAGAGAGGAACCAUGAUUUCGCAAUUUCUGAAAGACAUUGGCCUUAACAUACGUGAAAUAUACUGAUAUUGAGAAGGACUUUAUUUCCUGCCAAAAAAUUGUAAAAACAGAACAAGAAUUGGUUCCCACGACUGUUAAUUGCAUGGGCAAUCCUAGGAAAGGCAAAUGAUAGCUGAACGAUUACAUGUGUAAUCCUUGGCAAUCUCAUCGGUCACCGAAUACGGUAGUAGGUGAAUAAGAUACACGGACACAUCCAUUCCAAGAGAGAGAGAGAGAGAGAGAGAGGAGAGAGACGAGGAUACAAACUUUUACCGGUGUGUAUUUAUGUAUAUACACGAAUGAAGCUAUAUAACUUGAAACUCGUUACACUAGUGUUCGUGUGUGUGUGUCUAUACACUCAUUUUGAGUAAAUUGCACACACGCAUAGCCAAAGAUAUUCAUCAUUGUGCUGCUGUGAUACACCUUAAGGCCCAGCCUUUCGUAUCCACCCAUUCAAACCCCCCACCGCCAAUGAAUCGUGUAUACAAGUCCAAAUAAGGGGAAAUCCAAAGAUGAAUUAAUGCCCCCACCACAUUGGAACGUGGCGCCACGAGCCUUUCCGAUCAGUUCUCGUGUCUACUCGUUUCGCCCGCAGAAUUCAACUCACGCCGAUUUCAGGCAUCAACGAUCGAAGAAAUCAGUGUGAAAAAAAAGGGAAAAAAAAAGGAAAAAAUUGUGUGAAAUCUCGCAAUCUUCCCAUUGACUUUAAUGGGAGGAGUCACGAUAGUGUUUUUAAUGGCGGAUUUUUGCGAUACGCCAAUCACAUUUGGCUUUUUAUUCACCUUACAAAGAGUGAGUGAGUGAGAGAGAAAGAGAAAAAGAGAGAGAGAGAGAGAGACUUGGUUUAUAAUAUGUUCGAGUGAGUGUGUUGUUGCUUGGCAUACGGGCGAGCACGCGAACGCGCGCGUGUCAACUAUGCGUGGGUGAACUGAUGAACAAAGAGGGGAAAAUAAAGAAAUACAUACUCUCUGGAUAGGAUACUUUCCCUGGAGUCUCUGCAUAUAUA